GCCGUGCGUUUCGGGAGUUGUGAGGUUCCAUCUGGGUCAAGGAACGGACAACUAGGGGUGCGCAGGGAGCUGGAUGACAGGUUAAUAUGUGGGGCAAGGGGUUGCUUUUCUUUCGGUUGCUACGGAUGGGAGAUCUGGGACGUUUUUUUGGAUACAUACUUGUUCUGUUUGGGUUGUUUUGUUUCGCAUGGAGGCGUCGGGUGGGUGGUGCGGUAAUUUCUGGUCUGGGACUCGACAUUUUCCUUGGGUUGCGAGUGUCCGUUUAUUUGUCUUGUCUCCGUCUUCUCGUCCCGACGCAGAUAUCAUCUGAACUCAAACACGGCUCGGACUUGUUGAGAUUGGAAGGUCUCUCUCUUUGGGUCGGCGACCUGGUUGCGGGCUGUUUGUACAAUCUCUCGGGAUGGAAUCACUCGAUCAAUUCAAAAAGUCCUCUGCCGCUCAAGCACAACAACUACCGCCGAACAAGACAUCCGCCCACGCCGACCCCUUUGGCACCAAUAGCCCAAUCUGCCACCGUUUCCCUUCUCCUCAAAGCACGCCUAACUCGACCUCUGGACGGAUGCAUCCCCUGCUCAUGAGCUAUGAGUGGAGCAGCCCUCGCAGGAGCAGCUGGCGCCGCAGGUGCAAUCGUUGCCGCACAUGUUGACAGGUGGUUGUUGUGAGUUGUUCUGGUAUUUUGUUGUUUUAUGCUCUUGAUUCUGGUUUCGAGUUCCGCUUUGAAGGGAGAGAAGCUGGAACAGGAGAACGGGGUGAGUCGGGCCAAUAUUUAUCUCCCCUCGUUGUCUCCCCAAGCGUCCCCCUCCUUUUUCUGCCCCAGAGAGUGGCGCCGUAGCGGGGAGGGGUCCAGCUGACAGUCGCCCAAUCUUCACUUAUCCGUCCCUACCGCAAAAUAGACACACACAGAGAGGGGU